AUGUUGUUGUUCCCCGUCGAUCAGCCGCGCAGUAGGCGGGCCGGACUGCGCAAUUGGCCACGAGGGCGGGAACGUCCGGAGCGCGAACGACGCCGAUUCAUUUCGCUUGCACGAGGACGGUCUUCGGCGUCGAUUCAGUGUUGUUGUUCCCCGUCGAUCAGCCGCGCAGUGGGCGGGCCGGACUGCGCAAUUGGCCACGAGGGCGGGAACGUCCGGAGCGCGAACGACGCCGAUUUAUUUCGCUUGCACGAGGACGGUCGUGAUGUUGCUGGUGGUGGAAGCGGCAGUGUCGACGGCGGUGCGGGAGGCGUCGGUGGCGGUGCUGGCGAUGAAUUUCACGGUUGGCGGAGUAUCGAGAACAGUACCAGGAGCUGCUACUGCUGCUGCCGCUGCUGCUUCUCGUGCACGAGUUUUCCCGCGGGUGGAAGUGGUGCUGGCAGCAGCGGUGGCGGUAUGUGGGGCGGCGGUGGUGUUGUGAGCGGUGGCGGGUACGUUUGUAUUUUAAUACCGCUGCGGCAGAUUCAAACACGCUCGCCUGUUUCCGGCGCAAUGAGCUGCUACUGCUGCUGCCGCUGCUGA